GGAGCAAAGUCUGUAUGCAUGCUUCAGCUAUCGAGGAAGUGCACUCCAUUGAAAAGCAAUGGACACGGCAGCUCUGAAUGUUCUCUACCUGCUUGAGUAAGUAAACAAGAUGCUCACUUAAACUGCUAUUGCUGCUGUUUUCUCCCUGGUUGUUUUCUGAAAUUCUGGCAUGGGGAAGCGACUCAUCGUAGCGUAUGGUCUAUGGGCACUAGGUGGUCCGCUCGGCCUUCAUCAUAUCUACUUAGGCCGGGAUAGUCAUGCCUUGGUUUGGAUGCUUACUUUCGGAGGUUUUGGGAUGGGAUGGGCAUGGGAUUUUUGGAAGAUCCCUGGACUUGUAUUUCAGUGCAAUCAUCAGAAGACAUUGUCAAAUGAAGUGAAGGAAGAAGUACCACCUGCUAGUGUUAUCCGCUUUGUAGGACAGGUUGCGAUGGGCAUUUAUUUUGGCCUAGUGGCUGCCAUUGGACUUUCUUCCCUGAUUAGUUACUAUGUAGUAGCUUUGCCACUUGCUGUUGGACUGGGGGUUCACCUUGUGGCUUGUGUGGGUGAACAGACUUCCAACCUGAAAAACACCCUAAUAGCUGCUUUCGUGACUUCUCCAAUAUUUUAUGGUCGUACCAUUUCUAUGAUUCCAAUCAGCCUGACUGCAAGCAUCACUGCACAGCAACACAGGCGCUACAGGACAGGACAAAAGAAACAUGAAAACCUCAGUCUCCGUCUUUAUCGUAUUGGUUUAGCCUACCUAGCAUUUACUGGACCAUUAGCCUACAGUGCUUUGAUCAAUACUAGUCGCACAGUGAGCUAUAUAGCUGGAAGUAUUGGGGCCAUGUUGGACUGGCUGAGUGUAUUCCCUAGUCUAAGUGCAUUGAUGGAAAGAAUCCUGCUUCUGCCAUAUCGUGUUUGGAGCCUGUUCACAGGUGGAGGAGGUUUUCAAAAUCAAUACUUUAAGGAGUGGGAGAAGAUUUAUGAAUUUGUUGCCACUUUCCAAAAUGAGAAGGAACAUCUGGCUUGCAAGGUAUGCAGCAAAUUGAUUUGUCUAAAAAAAAAAAAAAUGUUUUCUAUAUUUUCUAUUAUUUAAAUAACAUGGUAACAAUCCAAAAAGAAUAACGUUUUUUAAAACUUGCUAUUUAAUGUAAGUUUUAAAAUGUAUUUAUAUGUUUAGUUAACAGUUUAUGCUUUCUCCAUUGUCAUAGAGGAUAAAACUAAAAAUAUGGAUUCUACAGCUGACGCCUAAGACUCUGCUUCUUCCUCUAAUAUUAAGUAUAGCAUCUGAGAAUAGCAUGAGGCUACUUUCUAAGCUUUCUGAGACACCACAUCAAACAAUUGAAAUAGUACUGUUGUGUAUCAAUCCAGAAUAAUGGGGAUUACAUUAUAUAACUACCUGAAGCAGGCCCUUUCACAAACACAUUCUUAGAUAACACUUUAAAUGGAACAGGUUACAAAAUGCAUUUUUUUGUAAUUUUAAAAAUGCAGUUAAAGAAGCACUGUUAUCUUCUGGGAGAUUUAGCAAAGACUCCUGACGGUGACAUCAUCCCUGGGGGUCCAGUAUCUGGGGGUCAGGUAAAGGUAAGUCCUACUUACCUAAACCAGUUCCUUGCCAGCGCAGCCAUCUUUUUCCCACGGAUCCUGUUCAGCUUCUGGCUCUGAUCCAACAUCCCUGCUGUACUCUCGUGCAAAUGUGAGAGUACAGCAUUCAGUUAUAUGGAGGAUCCCGCAAAACAGUAGAAAGUGUGCAAACGUGCUUCCAUUUUAUACUACAGCAGUAUCAUGGUUUACAAGGGCCUGAUAAUUAGGGAUAUGUAUUGAAAACAGAUAAAGCUCCUGUUACAAUUUUUGCAAAUUAACCCAAACGAAGCUCAGAAAUAUGUGUAGCUGCUGUCCUGACAACUUCUAAAUCUGAUUGGUGCAGUCAGUUUGAAAUCAUCCAUUGUGCAUACAAGGAUAGAUUCUAUUACAUGAGAUAAGAUGAUUCAAUAGCAGUUUUUCCUAUAGAAGGCAAUAAAAAAAAACUGCUACAAGAGAUUUGCUUAUCCUGUCUAAAAGAAUCUAUCUAAAGGCACAGCCAGGGCCGGUGCUUGGAUUUUUAGGUACAUAGGCGAAGAUGCAUUUUUCCGCCCCCCCCCCCAAAAAUCUUCACCUAUGUGCCUCUUAACCAGCCCCUCUCCCCUCCCCGACCAUUAGUGGUCCCUUCCGUUCCCUGUCCCUUAGUGUUCUUCUCCCCUUUCCCCCUCCCCCCUUUUUUCCCUGUCUCUUGGUGUUUCUCUCCCAUUCCCUCCCUGUCCCUUGGUGCACUCCCCACCCCUUUAGUGGUCACACUUCCUGGUGUGUGCCUCCUACCACUUCCUGGUGUGUGCCUCCUCAUGCUGUCACUCACAGACACACGCUCAGUCACUUAGACACACACACUCACACAAUCACUCACACACACUGUCACUCACAGACACACGCUCAGUCACUCAGACACACACAUGCACACACACUCAUACACUGUCACUCACAGACACACGCUCAGUCACUCAGACACACACAUGCACACACACUCAUACAAUCACACACACACACUGUCACUCACAGACACACACGCUGUCACUCACAGACACACACAGAGACGCACACAGUCAUUCAUGGACACACACGCUGUCACUCACAGACACACACAGAGACGCACACAGUCAUUCAUGGACACACACAGACACACGCUCAGUCACUCACAGACACACACACUGUCACUCACAGACACACGCUCAGUCACUCACAGACACACACACACUGUCACUCACAGACACACACACAGACAAACACACUGUCACUCACAGACACACACACACAGACACACACACUGUCACUCACAGACACACACACUGUCACUCACAGACACACACACACAGACACACACACUGUCACUCACAGACACACACACACUCACUCACAGACACACACACAAACACACUGUCACUCACAGACACACACACACAGGCACACACACUGUCACUCACAGACACACACACUGUCACUCACAGACACACACACACACACAGACACACACACACAUCACAUACAUUCACUAAUAAUUUUAUAAAUAAACAUUUUCCACCCAGCCUCCCUACCUGGAGAGCUGGUGUGGAUGCUGGAUCGGUCCCUGAGGGCUGGGGCUGCUGAGAGGCGCACGGCAGUGCUGUGAUCAGGCGCGCGAGGGAGCUCUAAUCUCCAUCCUCUGCUCCCUCGCGGGCUGCCUACUGAUGACGUCAUAUUCCGGCUCCCGCGGCAUCAGUAGGCAGCGCGCGAGGGAGCAGAGGGUGGAGAUUAGAGCUCCCUCGCGCGCCUGAUCACAGCACUGCCGCGCGCUGCGCCGGGGGUCGAGAUCGUGGCCUGGCAGGAGGGAGAGCUUCCCUCCUGCCGGUCACUGAAAUAUUGCGCCCCCAGAGCCCGUGCGCCCUAAGGCGGCCGCCUGUGCCGCCUUAUGGACGCGCCGGCCCUGGGCACAGCUUGUGGUAGAAUGAAAAUAAAACUCUUCCUUUCUAUAUCAUAGCAGAGGUUGGGAGAGAAUCCAAUGUUUUCCACUUUUUGGGGGGUUGAAUUUCCAACUUGUCAUGUGCAACUAAACAGUAGGGGCAUAUAAACAUACAGUAUAGGGCAGUGAUGGCGAACCUUUUUGAGCCCGAGUGCCCAAACUGCAAUAUAUGCCAACUUUUUUUCCUCAAAGUGCCAACACGACAAUUAAACCUGAAUACUGAGGUUUAAGCUUAGAAAAAACAACUCCUACAGUGGUCCGAACUAAUUCUCGCUUCUCUCCCCCCAGCAUCUUCCCUUCUCUACCCCCAGUAUAUCCCUCUCUCCCCCAGCAUCCCCUCCUCCCCCAGUAUAUCCCCCUCUCCCCCCAGCAUCUCCUCCUUCCCCAGUAUAUCCCCCUCUCCCUCCCAGCACAUAAAUAAUGUUUAUUUAUUUUUUUGGUGCAGGUGGGGGUUUGAAGUCCACCCAGGCUCCCUACCUGGUGGAUCUGAUUCCUUCCCACUGCUAUGAGGAGGUGUGGCCACGAGGGAGCACUGACUUACCUGCUGUUCCAGCACUACUCCCUCUGGGAAACAGGAAAUUUCCUGUCUCCCAGCGGCAUCAGCAGAGGGAACAGUGCUGGAAUAACACGUAAGUCGUGCUCCCUCGAAGCCCUCCAUCCCAUCCACCCACCAGUACCAUCUUAACAACAUUAUGGGCCCCCGGGCAAAGCAGUGCGGUGUGUGUGUGUGUGGAGUGCUGUGUGUCUCUGAGGGGUGCUGUGUGAGGGGUGCUGUGUGUGUGUGUGUGUGUGUGUGUGGGGUGCUGUGUGUGUGUGUGUGAGAGAGGUGCUGUGUGGGGGUGGGUGCUGUAUGUGGGUGGGAGGGAGGUGCUGUAUGUGUGUGAGAGGAGUGCUGUGUGUGGGUGGGGGGAGGUGCUGUAUGUGUGUGGGGGGAGGUGCUGUAUGUGUGUGGGGGAGGGGUGCUGUGUGUGUGUGAGAGGGGUACUUUGUGUGGGGGUGCUGCAGGUAGAAAAUGUAUUAUUAAAAUCUUUAUUCCCCCCCCCCCCUUCUUCUUACCUUUGGUGAAGGAGGGGGGGACACAGCCAGCCCUGGUGGUCCGAUGGGGGUAAGUAUGUAGGAUAGGUUCUGUCUGCAGCUCUCCUGUCCUCCCGCGCGCAGAAUGCUCUGUUGAGCGUUGCCAUGGUAACGCACGGCAGAGCGCCACACAGAUUGCUCGCAGGAGGACAGUAGAGCUGCUUCCCAGAUUCCUCCCACUGCUUCCGGGUCCUCCCGAUACGAAAGCAGAGUAGGCGCCUGCCGUUUUGGCGACCUAUGGCAGCGUCCCCACAGAGCACGCAUGCCAUAGGUCCACCACAGAGCAUGCAUGCCAUAGGUCCACCAUCACUGGUAUAGGUAUUAACUGAACCUAGAUGUCAAAGGGAGAAGUGAUAUUCAGAUAUCACAGUUAGCGGAACACACUAUGCACCACAACAACUACAUUGCAGUUGUGGUUAUGGUAUUUGUAAUGUCCUGGUGCUUUCUCACUGUAAGUAGUCAAACAGUUUGCAAUCCUGGGGUAUGCAGGACUCCAGGACAGCCAGACAGUCCUGCAUAAAGCUUCGAUUAACUACCCUGAGCUAAGCCCUUUAACGAUAAACUGUCUCAAAGUAAGGAGCUUCCAGUUUUUGAUUAAGCCAUGGAUGGUUGCAAAAUAGUGAUUAUUGGGUCAGAUAACCAACAGUCUGACUGGGGGCGGGGCUUAGUAGCGAUCCAGCACAGACGCCAUUCUAAUCUAACAGUGAAAUCCAACAUUAAUCUCCAUUUCUGUUGAGCAUCGUCCCACCUGGGGACUAGAAACAGUUGCAGAGGAAGGAGAGGCACACACCGAUGCCGUUCUUUUAGCCGCCAUGCGCGAAACAAACGCCGGCCUCACAAGGCCUCCCACGCGGCAUGCUAUAAAAACACGACGAAUGCCUUUGUGGGCUGGUGGGACUCGGACUGGCUCACACCCGAAUCCCAGCAGACACAGCCCCAAGAGCCGGAUGAGAUGGGAAAGAAGACCCAAAAAUCCCAGGUACAAACACCCAGGGAAGCUCAAGACAUCGGCACACUGCUUCAACACACAGCCAAGCAUAGGGGGCUGGAACAGGCUGAGGCCUCUAGUCCUCAGGAGGAAGAAGGGGGGAAUGUGUAUACCCUGGGGCCUCCCACAACUGGACACCCAGCCACAUCUACCCCAGCAAAUAUGGUCCCAGCAACAAAACAGGACAUAGACAAUCUCUUUGUCAAAAUCCAACAGCUGUUCGCAACCAACAUAGCCACGUUGUGGUCUGAAGUACAGGAGGUCACAACCAGCGUCCAGGCCUCAGAAACCGAUAUAAUCAACCUACAAUGCAACCUUGCAGCAAUGGGAGACUUGGUCAGGCAGCUGCAAGCACACCAACCCAUUCUGAUGCUGAGAGUGGAUGCCCUGGACGAGAGAACCCACCAGAAAAACCUGUAGAUAAGGGGGGUCUCAGACACAGUGGCGAUAGAAGAGCUACCUCACUUCAUUAGAAGACUAGUGAAUACACUACUCCCAGCAAAGCAAGCCAAGCAAUUCACAAACAAUGGAGCCUACUGCACCGCCAAAUCUCCUAAGGAACCGCCUUCGGCCCCAAGGGACGUAAUCUUACAUUGCUAGACAAGACAGACAAGCUUUGAUGAGGACUAUUCACAAUAAGUCACCACUAAACUUUGAGUCUCAUAAGAUAUCGAUCUUUCAAGAUCUACACCGCUCCACCUUGUUAUGGAGGAAAACGAUGAAACCCAUCACACAACGGCUUCAAGAGGCAGGAAUACCGCAUAAACGUGCAAAGAAAAUUAUCAGUGUGGAUCGACCAAAAGUCGGUUAUGUUACAGUGGUCCAGACUGACAAAGCAUUGAUGAGAGAUUCCAGGGAUCUCUCUCAGGGCUUAACCCUCGUAGUGCAAAAAUUAAAAAAAUAAAGAAGGUAUGCAGGUACACCAAAGGUGGCCAAAAGUGAAAUUAAAUAGUUAGAACAACAUGUUAAGUCAAAAGUGAGUCAAAUAAUAUGGUGCCUAGUGAAAAAGUGAACACCCAGAGCUUCAAACGCCGAUGCGUGUUUCGGUCCAAUGCUACAUGCAUCAUCGUCAGUGGUAAAUGUAUAAUGGUAAGGAUCUCUUUUUUUCUAUCCAGCUAUUAGUGUGGGGGAGUAUCUAGAGCAACCAAUGGAAUAUCUCUGACUUAAUUGGUGGGUGUGUCUGUAAGGAAACACCCUUUUUUCUAUCUGUCCAAUCCCAAUGAAAUCAUCUGUUUAGAAGGAUCAGCUUAGUGUGAACUAGGGGCGUGUCUAUUAGAGGGGAUGUCUACCAAAGAUAUUUAUAAGAUCCAUGGUUAUAAUAUGUCUAUGUUCAUCCACUAAAUGCUGGACAUAUGAAGAUACAGAUUACUAAAAAGAUUGAGACCGCUAUCUGAGUCUCUUUAUAUGGACAUAGGAAUUAACCUUAUAAGGUUAUGAUUACACAGACGGGUGUUUUUUAUGGCUUGCAAUUCUCUAGAUACAUAUUUCUAUUCUUUGGUUAUAUUCCUAUUAGAAGAUCCUCAACUUACUACUAUUAUCUCCAGGCAGGGGAUGCAUGGCCACCUUUGGUGUACCUGCAUACCUUCUUUAUUUUUGUAAUUUUUAUACCGUAUAAAUGGACUACUCCUAGAGCCCUUAUGGUCACCAUAAGCAAGCAACUCAAGGUCACCGACGUGACAGAGGCCCUCACUUUCUUGGCAGCGAUUGGAUUGGGAAAUGGUCCACGAGAGUGGGCACAGGCCACCACCAGCACCUGGGACGUGGAAAAUAUAACCCCCUUCACCCCAAGAAGCGGACAAGAUACCAUGACAUAGGGGAACAAGCCAUCACUGUUUCUGUCUCUUACUCCCACACUAUGCUAACUGUAUUUCUAAUCUGUUAGUCGCAAAGGACGUCUGUGCUAAAAUAUGACAUACACCAAUGAAGGCUCCUUCAGAGCCAACUGACAACUAUUAAUUUAUCUCCCCCCCACCACCGUUGCCCCAUAGGUUAGGGGCCCCGCUCUACCUCCACAAUCCAGGGUAGACUCAAGUGCCUUGACAUAGCACAUAGCAAACGGUAGUUAAAACCAAUCUGUUAAAAUGCAAUGUACUAGAUCUCACUUUACAGUUGCUUUUUGGUUCUUCUUUUCUCUAUUCUCACUGGGUUUACGUCAAGUUUUAGCGACUGAAUAUGCAUAACACACCCGAUGAUAACCAGACGGGCCACUUACACUUGUCCACGCGUCACUCUAACAAAUCCGGUUUCCCCUGACGACAAGUUAAUAUAAUAUGUCUGUUGUGAGAGGCGUUGUCACCAAAGUAUAUGACCAAGUCUAAUAUAACAAAAACAUAGGUGAACAUACAACGUCUACAAUGUUAUGUGAACGUGGUCACUGCAAUCUAAUUUUGUAUGCAUGUAUUAAUUUACUAUGUCGUAAUGCUUCACCUGCAAAAAUAAAGAUAUAUUUUUUUUUUUUUUAAACAGCCUGACUGACUGUGCAUAAAGUGUCAAAAAGGAGGAGUGGGAAAGAUUGGCAAAUUAAUUAUUUAAAAAGAAUCCCUAUACAUAAAUUUAAAAAAUAAUAAUGAUGGUAUAUUAUAACAAAGAUUAUAUUAAGAUAUUCUAAAAAAUGAUGACAGUAAUUCUUUAAUAGAAUCAUUGCACAAUGCUAAUCAUUUUCUCUUCAGAUUUUAGGAGUUGAUUCUCAAGCUACCCUGGAAGAGAUUAAUCACCAUUAUAGGGAUUUGGUGAAAAUCUGGCAUCCAGACCACAACCGCCACCGCAUUCAAGAAGCUGAGCAGAAUUUCCUUGAGAUCCAGGCUGCUUAUGAAACUCUCACACACCUCCGGAAAUUUAAAAAACACUGAGUGUUUCGAGAUGGUGAGACUCCACCCUUGGAAUUUAACUUCUCUCUCUCUGGAAAAUCACAUCUACUGAUUUAUUGAACUCAUGUGCAAUAUUAAAAUGGAAUUCAAUUUAAAAAAAAAAACAAGAAAAACAAAAACCUUUACGUAACCAGUGUAUUGCAAAGCUAAGAGAGUGGCACAUCUAUGGUACUGAAUAGAAUUAUGUUUCACUAGGUAAACAGGAAACUGCUCUGAUACAAUAUAUCAUGCUAAAAUAUGAAAUUAUUACAAUUGAAACACAGCACAGAAAUAUCAAACUUAAAAAGGAACACUUUUCAGGAUACGUGACAAGACAAGAAUUGAGCUGUACAUGGGAACAUAACUUAGUUUGCCUCCACAGACACACAAUUAUUGUAUGAGCCCAGAAAUCAGAGGUGCCCGGAUGUAGAUCCCUAGAUGUUUUAAAACUGCAGCUUCCAUGAUAUUUUGUCAUAAAGGCAUGCAAAGCAUAAUGGGAGUUGUAGUUCUACAACAUCUGGGGAUCUACCUUUUGUGCACCCCUGGGAUAUACCCCAAGAUAGAACAUGAAUGUAUUUUAUUUUGUAUAUUUUCAAUGGGAGGUAUAUGAACAUUUCUUCCAAUAGCUGAAAACCUAGUAUCUGCAGCUAAUGUAAGCCCUAACUUCUUUCCCUGGCAUAGAUUUUCAGUCUGUGAACGUGAAGUGACCAAUCAGAAAGUUUCUCAUUAAGAAGCCUCUGUGGUCUAGUCAUGGCUUUUCAUUCACACUGUAGCACAACUCAUUGAGAUGUGUUAGCAUGGCAAAUGUAUGUACGCUCUAGCCAAGCGCUCCGAUCAACAAGAACAAAACACUGUUUGAGAUGUUCCAUGCAGUGACGAUAUUAGUUCAAAUGGAACACAUAAGUAAACGUUUGCAAGUUCACCAAAACUCAAAAAUCUAAAUGAAUGCAGUUUGACCAAGUUUCAAUAACGAAAAACUGUCAGUAUAAAUAAGUUUAAACAACUUAUUAUAUUAAGAUACUGUACAUAUAUGGUACUUGAAUAGAAACUGUAUAACUACAUUACACUUGUGGAAAACCAAAAUGAGCAGGAAAAAAAACAUCACAAUGCAAUGACUGAAAUGAAACUUUCCAAGCAGUUAUGUUAAACAACAUUGUAAGAUUUGUGAACUAUCAUAUGCAGGGCAUCCAGUUGAAAAUAAAUGGGUCAUUUCAGAAAUCACCUCUAGGGGCACACUGAGCACGUCUGAGGUGCUCUCAGACUAAACUGGUCUAUACAUGACAAGCUGUUCUCAACAGCUUAUUCAGCCAGGAUAGGUGAAAUUAAAGAACUGCUGUAUUGUAUGGUGAAUGCCAAAUAUGGUUAUAAAAAUGUGCAAGUUAAUCAUCUCCCAAAGGGAAACAAUGUUAGUAGCUCACUUUUUAACAUUAGCAAAAAAUUUUUUUUCAAUUAUGACAAUUAUCUGGUGGAGCACCUUAAAGGGAUACUAUAGUGCUUAUAAUACAAAUCUGCAUCUGUUACUAUAUAGGUUUAGGGAUACUUAGAGUUAGAGUUUGGGGCUAAGCAUUUGGGAGCCUUGCAAGGCUGAGAAUCAUAGAGUUUAACCUAAGCCCUCAUUCUACAUUUUCACCUAAUAUUAAACACACUCUAACCCUAUGCACACAAAAAGCUAAAGACCCUCUGACCUAAGGCUUACCACAACAUUCCCUAAUUAUAACGUUAGCCACUCUGGCUACAUAAUGUUUUGUAUGGCAUAGGAAGUAGGAAAAAUGUAAAUGAGACCAUUCUGGUCCAGGCACUCAUACAUUCUACAGGAUUGAUACAACAUACAUGGCAUCCUCGUAACCAACUCAGGUUGGAAGAUUAGGCACAAUGAACACUGUAAGGUUAGUGCCAAAUAAUUUGUAAAUGGUAUGAAUACCAGUAGAUGUCUGUGCACUGUAGUAAAUAUAAUGCCUAGUGUCACUUUAGGAACAAUUGUCACUUCUGUCACUUACCUGGGUCUAGCGCCGAUGUCCCUCAGCGCUGACUUGGGACUUGGGUCUGCCUUCACUCCAUUCCCAACUAACGUCAGCUGGUGGGGGAGACCUAAUGCGCAUAUGCUGCAAUGGCCGCACUAGCUUUAGGAUUUCCCCAUAGGAAAGCAUUAUUCAAUGCUUUCUCAUUGGGAAUCCGGUGACGCUAGAAGUCCUUAUAUAUAGUGUGAGGACGUCCAACGUUAUUAAGGCGACCAAAAGUCCCGGAAGUCCCUCUAGUGGCUGUCUGGUAGACAACCACUAGAGGUGGAGUUAUCCCUAGCAGGUAAUUAUUGCAGUUUAUUAAAAACUGCAAUAAUUACAUGCUUAGGGUUAAGGAUGAUGGGACACUGCACCCAGACCAUUUAAAAGAAUAAUACAUUAAUGCUUGAAAUUAGCUCUGUAACCCACCUUGCAAUGAAAGGACUAAGGUGAAGGGCUAAUUAUACUCUCAAUCUGUCCAUAAAAACACACCGAGUUGGGGGCGGGGGCGGGGGCUGGACUCCAUGCCGGAUGGUCGCUGAAUGCUUGAGCUCCUGCUCGACCUGUUCUAAAACCUAAGUAGAGGGUGAAAAUCCCUUCUUAUCGGACUCACCUACACUGGUACCCUUGUCUAAUCCUCCUAGGGCAAUCUUGGAAUGGUUUUGGGGGCUGUCCGAUGGCUGUGGUCUCCAGCAAAUCGUGGCCUGGUGCUGUCUCAACGAGAGAAACGGCCUAUCUCUCUGCCUGGGGCGGCCCGAGCUUUCUUCUUUGUGGAUCCUCAAAGCCCCGAACUCCCCCGUCCCUCCCCCCCAGACAGGCGAGGGUUAUCCCGGUCCCCACCAGAAGCUAACUACUCAUUUCUCUGUAGCUCCUGAGUCAAGCCUGCAGAUCAUGCACCUUUGUGACCCAUCUAAGAUGGUGGCGCUGCCUCGAAGUGUGCUACACAGGCGGAGACAGAGAAUUGGGAGUAAGACUUCUCCAAAAAAUUAAAUGCAAUAUGCCUGCAGUUCUGGCGAUGCUUGACGAGAAGGAGUCUGCACCCAGCACUGCCGAUCCCAGUGGCUCAGCCUGCACGCAAAGCUCCUGCUAGGAAACAGGUCCCAGGAAGGAGUCCUGGGAGAGUCCAGCGGGCGUCAUGGGUGAUGCAUACCCGCAAAUAUUACAGUCCCCUGCAAUCUCAAGGACUUUGCCGCAUUGUAAAGGGAGAGGUUUGGAGUCAUGGGAGUUGUAGUGCUGUGGCAAUCUGCAGAACCCAGAGAGGUUUUGAUCACCUCCUAUACCUGCUUGGACUUUGUGUAUGUGCCAUGUGUAUCGGUAGAAUAAGCUAUUAUCUAGCAGCCCCUGUCCGAUCUGGCAUUCUAGCUCGGCAUGCAUGCUGUAUUGCCUUCACACUCAAUGAGCAAAGUUAAAGAGCAAAUGGUGAUUUCUUUUAUGUUUUAUGUUGUUGUUCUCUAUCAGUUUCGACCUUCUUCAUACUCAUACGCAACAGCAUAAGUCUGUCCCUGAAGUUGUAACCUAAUCCUGCACCAGACCAAUAGUAUAAUCGUCUGACCAGCUUUAAUGUGCGUAUUACUGUAAGGGAUAGCCCCAAACUAAACCUCAGGUAUCCAUGCAUGCGUACUCACUAUGUUUUUGCCUUUAGCACAAAACUGAUCUUUACCACGUAUGAUGCCAUGCCUGUGUUCUCAUAUAUAGUGCAUAUGAUCAUCCUAUGUUUUUAUCUGUUCGUGUAUCACACAUGUAUCGUUAUUCUGUACUUGACACCAAAAAACAAAGAGGCUACUCAUUUCUGGAGCUUAUUUUCCUUGAUUGCAUUCAUGGUCCAUGUGAGCAUCUACUGCUAUUUUCUCAAAUGUUUUACUCAAAUGCCCCAAUAAAAUAAACAAUUUAAAAAGAAAAACAAACAAAAAAAAAACACUGGGUUAAUCAUUCUAAGGCAGUAAAUCCUAUCUUUUCAGAUUACACAGAUCUAACACAGGUAAUAAGUGAUUUAUUAGCAAUAUUAACCCCUUAAGGCCCAAACUUCUGGAAUUAAAGGGAAUCAUGACAUGUCACACAUGUCAUGUGUCCUUAAGGGGUUAACCCCAUAAGGACUGAGGCAAUUGUACACGUUCUGAUCAAAACAAAGUCAAAACAAAACAAAGUCAAAAC